AUGAGCAUUAUCAAGGAGGACGACGCCGUGGGCUGCUACAUGACGGUGACCCUCGUGGACGACACCAAGGUGGAGGGUACCAUCUUCACCUACAAUCCCAAGGAGGGCAUCAUAGUACUCCUGUCCCUUCGCGACGAUCAGACGAACAUGAAGCUAAUCCGCACUCCAUACAUCAAAGAGUUCAGCAUUUCACACGCUGAGGAGGGAACGCACCUGCCCCCGGCACUGGACUCCUUCAACGAACUUCCGUCCAUGCACGCCGGACGCGACAAGUCCAUCUUCAAGCACGCCAGCACGCAGCUCAAGAACGCCGAGGCGAACCGCGAAAAGCACUUCAACUCUGUCACGACCGACACACCGAUCGCCACACUCGAUGCGUACCUCAAGCUCCUGCGGCUAUACCCCUUCAUUGAGUGGAACAGCGAAGAGGGUGUCAUCCAGGUCUCUGACACCGUCAUUGUCGUAGGGGACCCCGACUGGCGGACACCCAAGGCAAUGCUGGUGGACGGUGCCCCUGAGAAGGACAGACCGCUCGUAGACCGCCUGCAGGUGGCGCUCGGAAGCGGCAAGAAGUGA